UCACUAGUUUUUCGCCAGCCAAACUUCACUCAGGCGGCAAGACUCGCGCCUAGGGAGACUGAUCCGGCACUGUACGCGUGUGUGGCGUUCACACCGGGAGAAACGUGUUUCGUCGAUAGCGUUGAAAGCAAGACACAAAGGCGGCUUGGAGCUCAAAGCAAUACUGACAGUCCAGUUGCAGUCACAAAGUCGCCGCUGCAGUCGCUACUUCCUGACGCGUACGUGGCUUUUGCCGCAUUGUUUUGGGGGGCUGGCCGGCUACUGAUCUUUUUUUCAAUUGGUCGCACUGACCACAGCAUCCGCUAGACUAAUUAUCGCUGUGUUUAUAACCCGAGCCCCGUGAAGAAGGAGUCCAUGAUGAUCGUCAGCAACUGGACAAUGCGAAAGUUUCACAUCGCCUCGCUAUUGGUGCUUGUUUGUGCUCGGGUGGUGCCUUGCAUGCCCGUCACCUCGCCUCCCAGGCCUCCGCGGUCGCCGUCGGCCGGCAGCAGCGAAGGAGCAGGCGAUGGAGAACCUGCAAACUCUACAAGACCCGAGCCUGAGGUGGAGAGAGCGGGAGACGAGGGGAGAGAUUCAACCGGGGAAGAUCAGGAUGAUUAUUUCCAAGGCGACAUACGGCUGAUGCCGUUUGACGACCCAUACAACCUGUACAGAACUGUGUUCAAGAGAAUGGCGUUUGAUAGAGAAGGGAGUGGAAUGGCAGACGUUGAUUUGAGCUCCAUUACAUCGAGGCUCUGGCCGAGCGGAAUAGUUCCUUUCAGAUUUGAUCAAGACACCUCCAUGGAGUAUAGGCACUAUUUCUCAGAGGCAAUGAACGAAUGGACUCGCAGUACCUGUCUCGAGUUCGAACAGAUCGGAGACUACAAUAUCUCUGCAGACCAGAACUACAUUUUGUUCACCGAUAAACAUGGUUGUUCGUCGUACGUCGGGAUGAUAGGAGGAGCUCAGGAAGUUUCGAUCAAUUCCGGCUGCGUGAGCAAAGGAUCCCAGGGCAAGGGACACGCCAUGCACGAGCUCGGCCAUGCCAUAGGUCUCUGGCACGAGCACUCGCGGUGGGACAGAGAUAACUACAUCAGAAUCGUCAGGGAGAAUGUACGCGACAAUGCCUACUACAAUUUCGGUACUAUUGCUCAGGAAAAGUGGCCGAUUUCGAGGACCCUGGCUACGACCUGCUCAGCAUCAUGCACUACGGAGCGCGGAGCUUCUCAAAGAACGACAACAGUACCAUCGAGGUGAUCGUUCGCAUUCCAGACUGUGCCAUCGCCACCAUGGGCCAGAGACGGACUCUCUCGCGGCGGGACAAAAUCAAAAUCAGUCGCAUAUACCAGUGCGAAAACGAAACCAAUGCACAGGACAAGUGCAGUCAAGAACCACUGCCUACUCCCUCUCCUACAUCCCCUCCCCCUCCCCCUCCUCCUCCCCCUCCUUCACAGAGACUCAUGAGCAACGAUGCUCUUCGGUUGAAGACAAAUACCUCGCGACUGGAGUAUCUGUUCUGCACGGAGCGACGAUGCAAAAAAGACGAAUGCACAUUCAGCCAGCUAACCGGAGAGCAUUUCUGUGAACAGGGCUUCGAUUUCACCGUCCACCACCACACGCCACGAAAUAACGUAAAGAUAAAGAACGGCGAUGUCGUUAAUCUCCAGUCGCUCCACAAGCAGUCGCGAUGGCUGGAAUGCAACGGGCAAAACAUCUGCUCAAUUUCGCAAUGCCCUGCCAACGUGGGGGGCCAGAACGUUAGCAACAUCUCCGAGUGCGAAGACCAUCAGUUCCUCGUCAUUUCCUCGCGUAACGUUGUCAGAGACGGCAAAGAGUUUCAGUUGAAGCAUCCGUCAAACGAGACGUAUCUCUUUUGCACGACGAAGUGGUGCGAUCUGCUGCCGUUGUGUUCAGAGGGAGAAGUGGAGAGCGAGUCCAGUAAUCGAGACGAUGUCACCUGUCAUUCGCCGACGACGUUUUACGUUCAAAAAUUAUAGCAGAGAGAUAUCAAAUUUUUAGGGGUCUUUUUAAUUUCGAAUUCCAAAACUCUCAUCAUCGCAAAAAAAAUGGACCAAAUAUUCCUCCAAAACCCUCUGAAAUAUAAAGUGAAUGUGAAUUGAGUUGUGUUCCUUUAAUUAGACCACAUUUGUGUUCUAAUUAGAGGAGUUCCACUAUAUGUAAGUCUGUUGACUGUACGUAUCUAUUUAUAAUGCAAUACUCUGAGUGUAAAAUUGCUGGUCACGAAAUUUUGUAUCACUUCUUUUACGUAUUUGUAUUUUUUUGUUUAUCAUAACCUCAUUGUAUAUACAUGAUAACUUUAUAUAUAUAUAUUACAGAGAUUAACUUUAUGAUCAUCUGACAUAUUAUCGUAUAUAUCAUAUAUAUCACUGUUUGUCUGUUCAUUUUUCAAUGUUUUUCUCUCCGUGAAAAGUAAGAGUGUGCGUUGUUGCUAAACUGUCUUAUGAACGUGACCAGCUUAUGUGUGUAUUCAAGACGACGUUGCAGUAUAAUUAUACUGUGUACAUGAUAAAAUCACCAAAACUGGGC